GAUCCCCCAGUGCUUGUUCGUGUUGCGUUCCCGAUCCCCGGAACCGUGCAGUUGUUCGCAUACCUCUACCACGCAGCUGGCAGGAGCAAAACGACCACGAGACAUGGACGACCGAGGCUCAUCGUGGUUGCAGCGCAUUUCCUACCGAAUGCCCAAGGCGGAUUGUCGGUCAGCAUCUUUACGGUGCCGUCCCCUGCUGUACCUGGUGACCGCCGCCAUAAACCUCGUCCAGAGCCCGCCUCACUUGCUGCAGCGCUGCCUCCCCAGGAGAUAUGCCAAGGACGUCUGGAAAGCCAUGCUCAUACUGGCCGCCUUCUUCUUGGCACUGCUAGUCACGCGCAGGAAUCUCAUGGGUGAGAAUUCGGAUGCCGAAGACCGAAUCGGAGUGCAGAAGAUCGGUGAGCUCCAGAGGGUCCUGGACAAAGUGCCGUCGCUGUGGCCGGCCCCGAGGCAGCUGAACGUGUCUCUGGGGAAGCCGCGCGUGCUGGACGCCCGCCGCUUUCGGAUCACCGCCGACACGGACUGCGACGUGCUCAGGCACGCCAUCGUACGCUACCGGAAGCUCGUGCUGCUGCCAACGGAAUACGGUGGAAGGGAGACCGAUGCGGACGACACGGCCGCACCCACCAUGAUGCUGACCCGCCUGCGCGUCAGCGUUCGGCAACAUCGUGGCCUCGACUGCGGCUACCCGCCACCAAAGCCCGACGAGAGCUACUUGCUGAAGAUACCACCGCGGGGUGAUGCCUUGCUGACGUCCGAGACAGUUUGGGGAGCGCUGCGAGGCUUGGAGACGUUCAGCCAAAUGUUGCAGACGCAACCUUUUAUGCGAUAUGCUACGAUUUACUGCGGCGCCGUGCAUGACUUCCCGCGCUUCUCGCACCGUGGCAUCCUGCUGGACACGGCGCGUCACUUCCUGCCGGUGCCGGUGAUAAAGCAGAACCUGGACGCCAUGGCGUACAACAAGAUGAAUGUUCUCCAUUGGCACUUGGUAGAUGACCAGUCGUGGCCUUUUUACAUGGAAGCCUUUCCUAACGUUACUAAGGUGGCCGCGUACUCCCAGCGCCACGUGUACUCGACGGAGGACGUUCGCGGGGUCCUCGAGUACGCCCGGCUGCGCGGGAUACGCGUCAUUCCGGAGAUUGACACUCCGGGACACACGCAGGCGCUGGGACGAGCUUUCCCCGACGCGCUGACGCCCUGCUAUGGAAACGGCAGCAGGGGUACCGAUAAACCAGGCGCACACGCGGCCUUCGAGAUGCUCGACCCGACUAGGAACGUCAGCUACAACUUGGUGCAGCAGCUGAUCUCCCAGGUGGCCCGGGUCUUCAAGGAUCCAUACGUGCACCUCGGCAUGGACGAAGUAUAUUACGAUUGUUGGAAGUCCAGUCCCGAGGUCGAUGCCUUCCGUUCGCAGCACCACCUCAGGUGGACGAGUGAUGUCGAGCAGUAUUACGUCGAGCGAACGCUGGAAAAUGUGGCCCGGACAGGGGCCAAGGUCGUGAUCUGGCAGGACCCCAUUGACAACGACGUGAAGGCUUCGCCCCAGAAUACGGUGGUGCAGGUGUGGAAGGGCAUCGAUCCUCGGACACUCGUUCCCUGGCCCGAGUACGCGGCCUCCCUCGCUCAGCGCGGAUAUGAGCUGGUGAUCUCCAGCUGCUGGUAUGUCGACCACUACGAGCAUUUGAAGGACUGGGCGUUCUAUUACAACUGUGACCCGAGGGAUUUCGGCGGCAGCCGGAAGCAUAAACGUCAAGUACUGGGCGGCGAAGCUUGCAUGUGGGGCGAGUACAUCGACCGCACAAACUUGCUGGCCAGCCUCUGGCCAAGGGCUUCGGCAGUCGCUGAGCGCCUCUGGAGUAGCCGCGAAGUGGACAGAGCUGAGCGUGCGGUCGUCAGGCUCAACGCGCAUCGCUGCCGCAUGCUGAGGCGAGGCAUUCCCGUCCACCCGAUCAACAGUAUGCCAUGUGAAAAUGACGAGGAACUGGAUUUCCGGGAAGUCUUUGAGAUUAAGUGAAAACAUGAGGUGCACUGCCGACAGUGAUCCAGCCAUCACGAGCCCGAAGCGACACAGCAACAGUCAUUUUCUUCUGUUCUGUCUUCAA